CUUCUUCUUUACUUCUUCAAUUACAACUCCCCAACUUGUUUUGCCACAACAUUUGCACUCCAAAUUCUUGAGCACCCAUUACCCUAAAAAGAGUGUGUCUUCUCUCUUCUGGGCUUUUUCCUAGCUGUUUCUCUGGGUUAUGGUAAAUAGGACGUAAACUCUUACCAUCGGAUAUGGGAUCUGGAAAUUGGUUCAAGGCAUUGCGGAAAGCAAAGUUUGGCAAUUCAAAACGAUUAAAGGGAUCCGCCAUAAACUUGAAAAAUCUUUCGGGGAAGGAGUCGAAGUUUGCAAAUGGAAAACUUGGCUCCCUUGACAUGCCAGUUGAAGAUAUAGCUGCAAUUCGAAUUCAGACUGCUUUCCGAGCACAUGUGGCUAGGAAAGCUUUACGCCGUUUGAAAGGGAUUGUAAGAUUACAAAUGCUGACACGAGCUUAUCCUGUUCAAAAGCAAGCUACAACUACAUUGAGUUAUCUGCAUUCAUGGAGCAGAAUACAGACUGAUAUUAGAAAUCGUCGGCUCUGCAUGGUAACCGAAGGAAGAAUCAAACAGAAGAAAUUAGAGAAUCAAAAUAAACUUGAGGCAAAACUUCAUGACAUAGAGGUGGAAUGGAGCGGUGGCUCUGAAACCAUGGAUGAUAUACUUUCAAGGAUAUAUCAGAGGGAAGAAGCAGCAGUUAAGCGGGAGAGGGCAAUGGCAUAUGCCUUUUCUCAUCAGUGGAGGGCCAAUUGUAGUCAGAGCCAAAGCCUGGGAAGUUACGAACUUGGCAAAGCUAACUGGGGUUGGAGCUGGAAGGAACGCUGGAUUGCUGUUCGACCAUGGGAAAGCCGCGUGCAGUCGCCUAGCCCAAAGAAAUUGCAGGAUAAGCAAGCUAGCAAGGUUGGAAAUAACUCAAAUUCGCCAAAGCCAAAAACUUCGGUUACAGUUAAGCUCCCUUCACCAAAUGGUAAGGGAACUUCAAGAGCUCGGAGAUUGUCUUACACAGCAAAUGAAGAAAAACCACAUCAACAUGCAGAGAGCAUUGAAGCAGAAGAGGCAAACAAUCAGAAAUGAACAUUUUAAAAUAUUUAUGACUAGUUGGUUCAGCAUUCUGUCAGUUCGAAAUGCAGAGAAAUGAGGGAUGAGCCAUUUUCAGUAUACAAGGAGUGGUGUGGAAGUUAAGCCUCGGCGAAUUCAAACUGGACCUGGAUUUGGGAGUGACUAGAGCAAGUUCUUCACGUUGAUGUAUAUGUUUAAAGGAAAAAGAAUAUGUAUUUUAUUUAUAUACGUAAAUAGGCCAUUUAUUUGUUGGGGGUGAAUCGGGUGAUUGUGACUGCUUUUCUGCACUGUAAUUACUACGGUUGUUCUUUGAAUUACUUUGUGUUCUUCCAUCAUUCUUUCUAUAUAGUUUACUAA